CCCUACCUUGCAUCAUCAUCCCACUUCCUCACAUCCUCACCUCGUAACAGCGUCCCGCAUUUCUCACUUUCACUUUGCGUCAUCGCAUAUGCAGCAAUUGGAUUGAGGACGAACCCACGACCUCACAACAUGUCGUGGCCGGGCGCAGAUGAGUCGUCCGGUGACUCCGGGCAGGGAAACCAGUUCGAUCGUCCAACUGACUUGGCCUCCAUCGCUGUCGUCAAGAACGGCCGCUUGGCGGGAUUCACAGAGGAACAGGCUGAUCGGGCUCUGAAGUUGAUGAGCGGCCCAUUCGAGAGCCUUCCACAGCUACCCUUCUUUGCGUCCUGGUUCUCGUACACGCCACGAUGGCAGAAAGCCCAAGUUGCGAGCGCUCUCAUCGAAAACUCCCUCCUAAUCGGCCGCCUGCUGAGCCCCGCCGAAGCCGAUGCCUUCGCCUACCACCGCUCUAAGGUAUGCUCGAGAGCCACCUAUGGGACUCCCGCCGUCCUCCUCACCGCCGCCUACUAUACCAACCAGGGUCGUUCGACCUUCCGCUUCCCCUUCUACACACCAAAGCCCGCUUCUUUUAACCCGAUGUCUUUCCCGACCGCGUCCAUGUCUCUUCUCAAGGGCCAGUCAGCCGUGCGGCUAUGGCACGUCCUGCGUUUUGGUACCUACGCAUUCAUAUCUCAGUACAUCGUCAAGAUAAUCGUCUUCUCGUUUGUACAGGCAGGCUAUCUAGCGGCCAUUGCGGGCGAUCCUAGGCUCAAGGCGGUGCGCGAGGAAAUGACACCAUCCAAAAAGGCGCGAGCGGAACGCUCAAGGCUUCCCCCGGCCGACGGCCCCGCAAACUCGGUGGCCGUGUCACCUUCGCCCGGUGUCACAUCAACCGGUUUGGAUUCGCCCGUACCGCAAACGCCAGGACGGCGGGGGUGGGCACCACAGACCCCGCAAAGCGUUCCGGAAAGUGUGUCGCAACAAGACGAUGACUCGUACCUGUUCGACGAUGCCUCGCCCGUGGCGCCAUCCCAGAGAGAACGGCCUUCCGCUGGCUCUCCCCAAUCACCCGGAGGGGGCUCUGCUUGGGACAGAAUCAGACAGCAGGCAAAGUCAGAGGAGGGGCAAAGGUGGAAUCCGCGGCAGCAGCAGAACAGGACGUCCGGAAGCCAACAAACCACGGACCAGUACACAUAUACCCCGGCCGAGCAGGAGAAGGCGUAUGCGAAGGAGCAAGCCCAAAAAGAGUUCGACGCCAUGCUAGAGAGGGAGCGGCAUGGCACGGGUGAUUCCGGUGGUCGCAAAUGAUUGCAAAGGCGACUGUGUGUG